UAUUCUGUGUGAAUCGUACCGCGUGCCGAAUUGCAAAAGAAAUGUCGGUAUCUUCGUCCACACAGGGAAAACAAGUUAAAUUUUACCCUUCCAGCUCGGCCAGCUCCGAUAGGUAAUUACCAAUCGCUGUGCUUAAAAGUGAACAAUUUUAUUUUAACAAAGUGAUCGGCGAACACAUAACUACAUACAUAUAUGGAUACAGUAUCUAAAUUCACUCUUGUUGUUUUUGUUUUAAUUGCUGUCACUGUUUGUGCAAGGCAGGCAUUCAGUGCGCAAUAAACGAUUCAGCGGCACAAUAGUAGAAUUUAUUAAUGAAAAUUCUUAAAACAUCAUGAGUGGAGAAGUGACUAUGCCACACAAUGGAAUAGUAUGUAAAAGUGAUAUCUUGAAGAAAAUUGACAGCACGGAGAUGCCCCUCAUCGAGCAGCCUGUUAAAAAACUACCGUCAGUAACAAUAUCUACUGCAUCAGUGUCUAAAUCAUCCACGUCGUCAUCUUCUUCGUCAACUUCAUCACAUAUUUCGUGCACCGCCGAUAGCGGCAUUGGUAGUCUCAUUGAUGAUCGUUCAGACUUAACGGAGCAACUUUUUGUUGAUCCAAAUCUAUAUGUGGACAUUGGUAAUGGGGACUAUUGUUGCCCCGCCUCACCUACCACUGUGCCCGGUCGAAUAGUGUCAUCAAAUUCAUUAGAGUCACCAGCACGUACCACUCCAUCACGACCGGCGCGCCGGCAACGCACUACUUCAGUGAAUAGUCAAUCGACCACCGCCAAUCCGGCAGAGUGCAUAAUACGUGCCAAUAACCGUACUAUUUACACAGCUGGACGACCACCAUGGUACAAUUGUGCCGGUCAGCAAGUAGAACCAUUCGUUAUUGGUGUUUGCGGUGGCAGCGCAUCCGGUAAAACAACAGUUGCACAAAAAAUCAUCGAGAGCUUAAGCGUACCAUGGGUGACAUUGCUUUCCAUGGAUUGUUUCUAUAAGAUAUUAACAGAGAAACAACAUGAACAGGCGUUAUUGAACGAAUACAAUUUCGAUCAUCCAGACGCAUUCGAUAUAGACUUAUUGGUGGAGGUGUUAACGAAACUAAAAGAGGGCCGCAUGGUGGAAGUGCCCAUAUAUAAUUUUGUAACACAUUCACGUGAAUCAAAGACUAAAACUAUGUAUGGCGCUAAUGUCAUAAUUUUUGAGGGUAUUUUAGCAUUUCACAGCCCAGAAAUACUUAAACUCUUAGAUAUGAAAGUAUUUGUAGACACUGAUGCAGACAUACGUUUAGCAAGGCGUCUAAAGAGAGACAUUUCUCAACGUGGGCGCGAUCUCAGUGGUGUACUUAAGCAGUAUUUAACCAUGGUGAAACCUUCUUAUGCCAAUUAUAUAGCGCCAACAAUGGCUCAUGCUGAUAUUAUCGUGCCACGUGGCGGCGAAAAUAAAGUAGCUAUACAUCUCAUCGUGCAACAUGUGCAUACACAAUUACAAUUGCGUGGCUUUAAGUUGCGUGAAACAUUAGUGAAUUCCUAUAAAGAUCAACCAAUGCCAGAGUCGCUACAUCUACUGCCACCAACACCACAAAUCAAAGGACUGCAUACUUUUAUACGUUGUCGUAGCACUUCCAGAGAUGAAUUCAUAUUCUAUUCUAAACGUCUUAUACGUCUGGUUAUUGAAUAUGCAUUAAGCCUUUUCCCGUUUAAAACAACGACUGUGGAAACACCCCAAGGGGUGCUCUACGAAGGAAAACGCAUGGGUUCUCGUAAAAUAUGUGGCGUAUCUAUAUUGCGUGCUGGCGAAACAAUGGAACAGGCUAUAUGUGAUGUUUGCAAAGAUAUACGUAUCGGCAAAAUUCUUAUACAAACUAAUCGUAACACUGGUGAACCAGAGUUAUACUAUUUGCGAUUACCUAAAGAUAUCAAGGAUUACAAAGUCAUUCUAAUGGAUGCCACAGUGGCUACAGGUGCUGCUGCUAUGAUGGCUUUACGUGUUUUGCUUGAUCAUGAUGUACCAGAGGAGAAUAUAAUAUUAGCUUCUUUGUUGAUGGCUGAAAUCGGUGUUCAUUCGAUUGCGUAUGCUUUUCCAAAAGUAAAAAUUGUGACAUCUGCACUGGAUCCUGAAGUAAAUGAUAAGUUCUACGUGAUACCCGGUAUUGGUAAUUUCGGCGAUCGCUAUUUCGGUACUGAACCUUCUGAUGACUACCUUUAACUAUUUAGACUUAGAAAAAAUAAUUUAAUAAAAUAAAGAAAAGUAAAUUGAAUGGAA